UAAUAAAUGAUUCUGUUGCUCUCAACCAUAAAAAAGACUGUUCUAAUGAUAGAACUGAGAAAACUUGUUUUUAGAUCAAUAACAGUCAUUUGUAUUGGAUAUAUAAUACGCUGUUUUCUGAAUAAAUCAACCGAUUCAUAUACUUAUCAUAUUAAUCCAUCCAUUGAGCUGAAUGACCAACUUAUUGCAAAUAAAAAUUAUGGAAAGUUAGAAAAGAUUGAUUUAAUGAAUUACAGUGGUCCUGAAAGUUUAAUUUAUCAUGAUGGUUCAUUGUAUGCCACAGUGAUUCAAGGGAAAAUAUUAAAAAUAAAUGAUUCUGGGAUUUAUGUUCAUGCAACACUUGGUUCACCAAACUGCGUUGGUGUACAUGAAUGUGGUAGACCAUUAGGUUUAAAAUUGUUCAACAAUUCGGAGAAUUUCUUGGUCACGGAUGCCUAUUUAGGUGUAUUCUCUGUCUCGGUAAAAGAUGGUAGUGUGAAAAAAUUGUUCCCCUUAGAUGAAGAUUUCAAAGUUACAUUUUUUGAUGAUUCAGUAAUGUUACCGAACGGUAGUCUUGUUAUUACUGAAGCUAGUACAAAAAAUCCUUUACGACAUUUAUGGACAACAAUUUUAGAGGGACUACCUAGUGGGAGGCUAACAAUGGCUGAUACAAAAACUGGUCAAUACAGUCACAUAAUGGAUGGUUUGCGCUUUCCCAACGGAAUCGAAAUUUCUAGUGACGGAAAAUCCAUAUUACUCGUUGAAACAAUGAAACUUCAAAUUUUACGAAUUCCAUUGGACGGAGGUGAAGUGACCGUGUUCAGUGAUGGGCUACCUGGUUUUCCGGAUAAUAUCAAAGCCAGUCCAAGUGGUGGAUAUUGGGUCCCUGUAUCACCUCUUCGUGACGAGCCUCUAUCUGAGCUUCUACUCAAUUAUCUACCAGCUUAUCCUUGUAUUCGUCAGUUGGCUUCCAGUAUUAUCUCCAUGCUUCCAUUCACACUAAUACCGAAAGGAAAAUCGUCAAUGUUAAUUCGUUUAGAUGAAAAUGGACAUAUAAUUGAAAUUUGGAAAGAUUUUCAAAAUGAAUUACCAAAUGCUUGUGAAGUACUAGAACAUGAUGAUACUUUAUACACUGGAAGCUUUUAUCUACCUUACAUUGGUCGUUUAAGAAGAUUGUCAAAUUAAUUUUUAUAAAAUUUGAAAAUCUUUAGUUCCAGAAGAUGAAUACUGUGUAAUUUGAUGUUGUUGUUGUUGUCGUUGUCGUUGUUAUUCAUUCAGCACAUUGAUGAUCAAUACUUUCCAUGUUUUGAUUUGACUUAUCUUUAAGACAUUCAUCAAUAUCUUGCUUUCUUAUGUUUUUUCGUUGUUGUUGUUGUCGUCAUUGUUGGUCGUUUGACUUAGCUAUUUCUCAAUAUUUAAUUAUUCUGUACUAAUUGUGUAAUGUGUGAAUUAUUUAAUCAAUAAUAAAUGACACAAUGCCAUUUACAUUUAUUGAGUCAAUCAGGUCAUCUUUAAUUAUCUGUCUAUAAAUCAGUUAGCUAAAGUCGUGAAUUGAUAUCAUUAUGCUUGUUAACUUGCUUAUGUUACGUAAUACUUGUGGUUAUUGCAAAACGUUGAUAAAAAGAAAAUGAUACAGAUGUA